AUGAAUCUAAAAAGAAAGUUAAGAGAAUUAAAGGAUGAACAAGAAAAGAAAUAUGUAAAAAAAGAAUUGUAAAUUCAACCAAUAGUAAAAAAGUGUCUCAAUUAAAACUUAGUUUUUAUAAUGAAAGGUGAUGCGAUAGUCACUUUUGAUAAUAUAGAGUCAGACAGAUUCUCAAAAUUAAACAUUUUUAAAAAGAUUAGUUAUUGCAAUUUUUCAAAAUGCAAUAGACAAUUAGAAAUAGAAAUGACUAAUACAGUGGACGGGAUUUCUGAUUUUAGACAUGUUGUCUAAAUGUUAAAGGAUUAUCCUUGCUAGUACAUGCAUGAAUUUGGUUUAAUUUUAGAAAAACACUAAUAAUUUGUCAAUAAGUAAAUCUAGAUAGCAGACUGCAUGAAGACAAAUGAAAAUUUUGAGGUUUUUAAAGAAACAAUUAUGAAAAAUUCUUAGUCUUUUGAAGAAAAAAUGAGAUAAAAAGUGAGGUUAAUGGAAGAAAAAGGAGAGUUAAAAUUUUAUUCAUUCAAAAUAGUAAAAAUAAACACUGAAAAUUUCAUGUAUGAAAUAAAAAAGUAUUACAUAAGUGAGCUAUUUCUUGCUUUGAUGGGGCUUAACUUAGAAUAAGCAUAAUAGUUUAUUAUGAGAAAGGGUAUAUUUGACUCAGCGAAUGUUUAAAAAAUGUGUCAACAUGUGAAAUUUUUUUUAAAAAUUGCUUGUGAAAGAAUAUAGCAGACUAGCUUUGAAACAGCCCUUCGAACUUUUGAUGGAAUAGUUAUUUAAGCAAAAAUUAACUAUCGUAUAUUUUUUAAUGAUGAAUUACUUACUGGCUCGAGCACUCUUUUAGACAGAACUGAGUUUUGCAUGAUAGCUGAUUUUGAAGUUAGCGACACUAUGGUUUAGCAAGUGAUGGAGAUAAGAAAAAACUCUGCUUUUAAUUUUGAACUCUUUGAAAAUGAAUAAGACUGGGAUUACUCUGAGGAAGUUGAAAAAUUUAUUUCUAGAUAUUAUGAUUCUACUAGAAAGAAGGUACAAACAUAAAGUUAGAUAGCAUAUUUUAACGAUGUACCAACUUAGCUGAGUACUGCAUUUUCAGAAACAUCAGGAUUUUUCUUAUGA